CUAAAUACAAAGAAGAAUUCUUAUCUCUUGUAGAAGAACGAAAUGAACUGAUUGAACAACAAACAAUUUCUUUAAUAGAACAGUAAGACUUCGUAGUCGACUCACACUCAAUUUAUAAGUUAGACCAAAUGAGUAAAAGAACUCUUCAAAUAGUUCAGUUUCUGGAAUGUUUCUAAGUGUUAAAUCAUUUUUUUUUCAGUCGGAAAAAAGACAGAUUAUCAUUUUUCGAAUAACUUUUGAUAGGAACGAGAUAGAGAGCUGCAGUUUUCACCAUUCGAAAGAGCGAUGUCUGGACUAUCGAUCAGUUUAGAAGUCAUUAAGAGGAAAGAUGCUGGUUUUUUAGGUACCUUUGGAUCAACACUUUUUUCUUUGAGUAUUUUCACAAUAAUCUCAAUUGAAACUAUGUCAAAAUGUAGUUCAAAUCACCUUUUUUCGCUAUAAAAUUAAUGUUUGUUUUUCUUGAAUGCUCUCAGAAUAAGAGAUAAUGAAAUAUGUGGCAACUUUACAGCGAAAAAAGGGUGAUAUGAGUUACAUCUUGACAUAAUUUGAGUUGAGAUUAUUGUGAAAAUACUCAAAGGAAAAAGUGUUGAUCCAAAAGUACCUAAAAAACCAACAUCUUUCGUCUUAAUGAGGUCUAUACUGAUCGAUGGCUCAGACAUCACUCUUUUGAAUGGUGAAAAUUGCAGCUCUCUAUCUCGUUCCUAUCAAAAGUUAUUCGAAAAAUGGUAACCUACCAUUUAUUUUGAAUCGGAUAACAGAUUUCAAUGAGCUAUAAAUAUUCUGAAAAAAAGAAUUCGGGCUAAUAGCUUAUUACUGGCGAGAUACCGUAUUUUUUCGGUAGUCUUUCUCUCAGGAUAACUAAGUUUCGAAUUUUGAUUUUAAACUCUCCACAGCGAUAGGCUUUAACGAAAAUAACUUAUUGUGGAGAUUUUCGAUUAGGAGUACGAAGUUAUUGUUAUCAGACAGUUACAUUACCAGGUAACGAAAUAUUCGUUGAUUUGAUCUUUCCACUAAAGAAAGGCUAUUUCUGCAAAGUAACGAUUUUUUUUUUAUAAAGUUUGAUCAAAGGUCUUCAGGGUAGCAGCAAAUUAAUCGAGAAAAUCAAGUACACAAUUUCGAGAAAUCGAUCACAGAUUCGGAUUUCCCGAUUCCAAAAGCCUUCGAUCCAUAGAUGCCCAUCGUGGUUGAGAAUCUACCGCUGACGCGAUAGCAUUAUAAAGACCUCUCCUGCACCGCGAUGGCUUUUGAAAAAAUCUGCUUCGAUCAAACUUUAUAAAACAAUCGUUGUUUUCUCAAACUUACCUUUCUUUAGUAAAACAAAUCAAAUCAGUAAAUUUUCUGUUACCAACUACUUGGUAAUGUUACGGUAAUUUCGUUCUCCUAUUUUCGAUUGUGCCUGUUCUGACAUAAAAAUUUUACUAUAGUCGUAUCUUAGGAUAGGACAAUGAAAGGAUUUGAAACUUUUACAAUACAUAGUUCAUUUCAACCUAUAUGUUGCACAUAGCCUCAAUUCAAAAGCGAUUUAAUACUUAGAAAUGUUUGCUCGUGAGCUGUUCAAAAAACUUUCUUCCGUUUUGGAAACAAUAUUUUAUUAACAGAACAAAAGCAUUUCUUAUAUCAGAACAAGAACUAAUUUUAUCGACCUCGAAUGAAACUUUAAUCAUAAUGAUUGAUUUCUAUUUCUUUUAAAAUAAUAAAUUUUAGUCAACGUGAAAUUGAACAAUUGAAAAAAGACAAUGAUCAAAUACGUGAAAAAUCAACUGAGUAUAAACAUAUAGAAAUUCAAACAGAUGAAGAUAUUAAAGCUUUGUAUGAAAUAAUUAAACAACAAUCUGAAGAACUUAGUAUAUUAAAUGAAAAAAAUUCGAAUCUUGUAUCUCAACAUGAACUCAAUCGAGAGAAAAAAAUAGAUAAUGAAACUCAAACAGACGAUCGUCAACGUGAAAAAUUACUUCAAAUGAAUAAUAAAUUAAAACGAGCAUUACAAAUAAUAAAAGAUAAAAUUCAUCGAAUUGUAAAUGAAAAACCAGAUCUAUUCAAUGGCAUUGGUGAAGAAACAAAUGAACGUCUUGAUCAUUUGAUUUCUAUCGUAGAAAAUCAAACAACACAAAUUGAUCUCAUACAAACUGAACAUCAACAACAAAUCAAAGAACUUCAAAAUUCGUUACUUACAUGUCAAUUUGAGCUUGAUAAUGAACGUCAACAACAUGUUUUAGCUGCUUCAUCUACUGAAGAUAUCAGUCCAUCGAUCAUUGAAGAUUAUCAAAUAAAAAUUGAACAACUUGAAAAAACUCUUAUUGAAAAAGAAAAUGAACAAAUAUUACUUCAUGAACGUCUUAAUGAAAUCGAACUUGAACUAAGAAAAAUAUUAGAUGAUCAAAAUUCGACAUUGAUGAAAUAUGAAUUACUUGUACAAGAACGAGAUCUACUUAUUGAACAACAAACACUUCAUUCAACUGAAAGUCAACGUGAAAUUGAACAAUUAAAAAAGGAAUUACUCGAACUCAAACAAUCACCUGAUUAUCAACAUAUUGAAACUCAAACAGAUGAUCGUCAACAUGAAAAAUUACUUCAAAUUAAUAAUAAAUUAAAACGUAUAAUACAAACAUUUAAAGAAAAAAUUCAUCGUCUUGUUAUUGAAAAACCAAAUCUAUUUGAUGGAAUUAGUGAAGAAACAAAUGAACGUCUUGAUCAUUUAAUUUCAAUUGUAGAAAAUCAAACAAUACAAAUUAAUCUCAUACAAAAUCAACGUGAUGAAUUAGAAAAACAACUUCGAAAUGAAAUCAAAGAACUUGAAAGGUGA